AUGUGUUUCUACUGGCAGCGUGACGGCAAGGAUACCGUCGUGGUUGGCGUCUACGUCGACGACCUGCUUACAACUGGCACCGGAGCAGCUGCGGUAGAUCGGUUUUUUGCCAGUCUCGCGAGCCUGUCAAUCAAGGACCUUGGCCGUGUGAGUAAGUUUUUCGGUAUGAGAGUGGCGCUCGAUGGCGAAGGCGGCUACGUACCGGAUCAGGAGGAGGCGAUCAGCGACUUGCUGCAAGAACAUGGCCUCACAAACGCAAACUCGACACUUGCACCGAUCGGUGCCGACUGCUAUGAAGUGCAGCCGAUCGACAGCGUGCAACUUGAGGCCACGAGCACAAAUGGAGCACCUACAAUUAGAGACUUCCAGUCGCUUGUCGGAUCUCUGCUUUGGGUCGCGCGUUGUACGAGGCCCGACAUUGCGUUCGCCGUUCACAAGACGACGCGACAGACGCACCAACCGCGGCUUCACGAUUGGAAGCUCGCGAAGCGUGUGGCUCGCUACCUUAAGGGGACGAAGACGAUGAAGAUUAACAUGAAGCCAAGAGAUGUCAGGUGCGCGUCAACCAAGCUCGAGUCAUUUAGCGACGCCGACUUUGCCACAGAUAAGAGCGACAGGAAGUCGUUGACCGGAGGCAUCGUCCUCCUCAACGGCAUGGCGAUCAGCUGGAGCGCCAAGAAACAAGGUGGAGUGUCCCUCUCGACAAUGGAAGCCUAG